AUGACACUCACUUCUGUUAUUCACGACACUCCACAUUUCCAUUGGAAUUUUUUGCAACCAAUUGCUUCAUUCUCCUCAGCUAUGUCUUCCUCAAGUCAGCAUCAUCAUCCUCAUCACCUUCGCGGACAGACGGAUUCUGCGGAUCUGCAGGUCUUAGGAACUAGGACUAAAGAUGAUUCUAUGAACUCUUCCUCAGGUGUUGGAGCCGAUGUCGAUGUCGAUGCUAGCCAUGACUCCUCGGACCACCAUCCCGAUCAUGCUUCAAUUGAUUAUCAAGGUUUAGCAGCUGAAUCUGCUGCUGCUGCACAGUCGGCAGCUGCACAAUCGGCAGCAGUUGCUGCUCUUGGUAAGAGGCAACAACAACAACAGCAGCAGCAGCAGCAGCAGCAACUUCUUCAUCAUCAACAUCAACAGCAACAGCAACAUCAUCAAGAACAACAACAACAACAACAACACAGUUUGUCGAACCAAGCUGGGACUCUUGCUUCCUCUGCUGUUCCUACAUCUCCUUCUGAUUACGAUACAAUUACUGGAAACACAAUGUCGCAAGCGUUGGCUCAUAUAAACAAUAUCAAGAAUCCGCAUAGGAUGAAAUUGUCAGCCGAGGAUGUUAAGUUGAUUCUUUACCUUAUUGUAGAGGUCAAGCCAUUCAAAUAUGUGGGAAACAGGUCGCUUAGUCAAACCAAGAAAUGGGAGAUUAUCCAAAACAAGUAUUAUGAUUUGAAAUUUAAAGAGCAGAACAAUACAAACUUUAUUGUGCCCACCGUGCGUACAUUACAACGUCAAUUGGUUGCUGCUAUUAGAAAAGCUGAAGCUCGCCGACUUAAGGAAUUGGCAAAUGGUAUCAAUUUGCACCCACACAUCAUCCCCGGUACGCUUGCAGAAAUAGAUGCUGAUGACUAUUACAAUUUUCGUCACAUUACUGUUGAUAGUCCACAAGAAGAGUUUGAAGCUGCAUUGCUUGAAUUACACGAGUUAAGCGACAAGAUUAAGCAAUUGAAGUUGGAGAAUAGCAAUCUUGUGAAAGGAAGCUUCCCGCCUCGUCAACACAAGAAUGCACGAGCUACUGCGUCGUCAUCUGCUGUGUCAGCUGCAUCGGCUGCAUCGGCCGCAUCGGCCGCGGCAGCAGUAAACAAAUUAUUGGAGGAGCAUGGUUCUUCUUCGCAUCUUAUUGACUCCUUCUCCAACUCGUCGCAGUUGGAAGAAGUGCUGGCUGUAUUGGCUGAUCAGAUUGAGAAUUUGCGGGCGGAAAGUGAGAAUAGUGGUGAUGCUAAACUUCAAAAGGCUUGCAAUGUGAUUGAGUCUGUAUUUGCACAUGCGUCUAAUGUGCUUCUGACGAUUAAAAAGGACAAUGAGUUGGUGAAGAACCAAAUCACAAGAAUUAUUGAUGAUCAUUUCGAAAAAGUUGAAAGGAUUAAGGAAGAGUUUUCAGCAAGGCAGAUUGAGUUGGGUAGAGAUGUGAUUGAAUUGUUUAAGAAUGAAUAUGACUCUGGUGUGCCUACCCUGAUAAGUGAGAAACUAGCUUCAAUUAAAGAGAUGCUUGACUAA